CUAACGAGCGAAUUCUGAACUUGUCCGUACAUGUCCAACCCGCCGGACAUGCAUAUUCAUCAAGGACCAAUGACAGUCUUUGUGUUUCUGCUAUUAAACCAGAGCCCCCCCAAAAAGAAGUAGAUUGACUAAAAUUACACGAAUCUAAUCAGGCACCUGAUUCCGCUGCUGGGGACGUUUUGCAGCAGUUCAAAUAGAUGGAGGGAAGAGGCCUUGAGAAUAAUUUCAAUCCGUCUGAGAUUAAAUGUUUGGAGAUCAUCCCAACGUUGCCAAUGUGGAUCAUUGAAUAUGCCUGGGCUCACAGAAUGAUGGACACAUUGGAUGCUCUGGACCCCAGCAGAUGGCCAGAGGAUGACCUACAAUCUGUCACCCUAGAUGAGCCAUGGAGGUUACGGGUGGCAGCAGCCCAGGCGUAUUCUAUAAUGAAGACAAGAGACAUCAAGAGCUUUGAGAGGGUGAUGGAGUUCAUGGAUGUCACUUAUACACUGCUGCCACGACUGGUGCCCCCUAUCAAACACAUGAAAAUCAUGUUUGGCCUCAAGACCAAGAUAAUUAUGUGGAAGCUUCAGGAAGACCAAGGUAUUGUCAACACUGUUCUGAAGAUCAUUAAGUUUUUCCCAAGUAGACUACCUCAGUACCAUGAAUGUAGCCGACAAGAGAUGCACCUAAUGAGGAAGAACCACCAGGACUUUAAGGCUUUGGCCCAGACUCUUGCAAUGGACAUGUCCAUGCGCAACUCUUAUAUCAAGGAUUUGAUGGAGGACCAAUAUGGAGAAUGCUAUGCCCAGAAACUGGAGGACAGGUUGCUGCAUUACCUUCAGGUACUGGAGUCGACGCUGCAGAGUGAUACCUAUUUUGACCAGCUGUUGAAGCAGGAGGGUCCAAUGGCAUACGAAGAGGAGUUACUAUUGCCGUUAAUUACCUGUGACUCCACCUCCCUUGCUGCGUCCUUGAAGAGGCUAUUCCACUCUGGUCAACAAACUCAGCAUAUUAACAAUGACAUACAGAUGUAAACACAGUACAGUAUGUAAGACCACCAGGAACCUAUAGUACUGUAGAUAAAUAUGUUGUCUUUCUAUUCCUUCAGACGAGUCUUCUUCAAGAUGCCAUCCCAGCCACGGAGCCCAUAAGGUAUCAGCACAGGAGAGGGGAAUAGGCCGGGAGCUGGCGGGUCCUGGGACCUCGAAAGUUGUGCUAAGGUCGCCCAAGGAGAGAACACACAAAGACGGGCAGUCACAGCUUGACAGGACAAGUCUCUACACAUUCCAGGGUAUCUGUCAAGAUAACCGAGAGGAGAGAUCCAACUCAUUGGGGUUGGGUCCACACCAUGCUUGUGCAGCUGAGCAAAGUUUAGAGCCACAGGCCCUUAUCGUGGAGCUGGGGGUGGAUCUGUCCAAAGACAGUCCACUCCUCCUGGAGGAGGAAGUCUCUGAUGGGGAGGAGGGGAGCCGAGGCAGGACGGAGGUGGAGGACAGGCAGAACAAUGAGGAGGUGCCUGAGGCCUCCCCACUGCAGCUGUGCUCUAAACACCAUAAAUGGGUGAGGAGCAUUCUGCAGGAGUGCUCUGAAGAACUGGUGUGUGAAAAGAGUGAUACCCCAGUGCACUGUCAGGGGUCCUCUUCCACCUCAUCACAGGACUUGACCCCAUCCCUCCUCACCCUUUGUCAACCCCAACAUCUAACUCUGGCCACACAGAGCCCUUCCCCUCCUCAAACAGUGGCUGUAUCCCAACCUACGGCCCUCGAUGACAGAGCCCAUUCUGAACAGGCUGGAGAACCAGCAGACAGCCCAGAGGCCAGUAGAACACAUAAGGUCAAGCUGAGACUGUCUAUGGAGAGUCAGGCUCUUCUGCUUAUGUCAAAGUUUCUACAGCCAUUUGUGCGGCUCCGAAAACUGACCCAGCAGGAGUGUAGCAUGGCUGCAGAGCUAAGAGGGACCAAGACCACUGGGGAGGAAGACCGUGAUGAUGGUGAAGAGGAGGAUGAUGAAGAACAUGUGGAAAAAACUCCAGUGUAUUCUUAUUAUGAUUUGAACACACUCUAUUCUAGUUUUGAGUCAAGCUCUGAUGAAGAUCCCGAAACACAAGAUUCAGAUCCUGACUAUGUUCCUGGAUAUGGAAAGAGGAUGUACAACCAAAGUGUGUGAUGGAGGAAGAAGCAUGAUCCUGGGGUUGACAAUGAGCUGCAGUUGCAACAUGGCGAACCAGUCCUAUGAGGUGAAAAUUAAUGGGAGUGGAAUUCAUGAGAUGAAUGCUCUCAUUGGUGUCAACGGAAAAGCUCUUAAUGGAAACGGUAACCAUCAUAAGGCUGUGAAAGGCAUUGUUUGUCUGGCCAAGCAGAAGAGCUGCAGGCAGCGAUGGAACAUCCGGCCCUCAGAGAUGUCAAUCAACACCUUGAAUCCCAUCCGUGCCAUUGUGGAUGGGAUGAAGCUCACACCCAACCCUGAGAAACCCAUGAUUGCUCUGUCCAUUGGGGACCCUACUGUGUUCGGGAACCUGCCUACUGAUGACAAAGUUCUCCAGGCCAUGAAGGAUGCCAUUGACUCAAACAAAUACAACGGCUAUGCUCCAUCUGUUGGUUAUCAGAAGAGCAGAGAGGUGGUGGCAAACUUCUACAGUUGCCCCGAGGCCCCCUUGGAGGCAGAGGAUGUGCUUCUGACCAGUGGCUGCAGUCAGGCUAUAGAUCUGGCCAUCACAGUGCUGUGUAAUCCUGGAGACAACAUCCUAGUCCCCUGCCCUGGAUUCUCCCUCUACAAGACUCUGGCUGUGUCUCUGGGCAUCCAGGUCAAACUGUACACACUGCUGCCAGAGAAGUCUUGGGAGAUCGAUCUCCAACACAUGGAAAGCCUGAUAGAUGACAGGACAACCUGCCUGAUUGUCAACAAUCCCUCCAACCCUUGUGGCUCCGUUUACAGUAAAGAGCAUCUACAGAACAUCCUUUCUGUUGCCUCCAAACAUUGCGUCCCAAUCCUGGCUGAUGAGAUCUAUGGUGACAUGGUGUUUCCGGGUUGCACAUACCAAUCUAUGGCGUCCCUCAGCAGUGAUGUGCCCAUCCUAGCGUGUGGUGGUCUGGCCAAACGAUGGCUAGUCCCUGGCUGGAGGCUAGGUUGGAUCCUCAUCCACGACAAGAAUCAAAUCUUCGGAAAAGAGAUUCGUCAGGGUCUGGUUAAGCUUAGCCAGAGGAUUCUGGGUGCCUGCACCAUUGUCCAGGGUGCUAUAGAGAGCAUCCUGAAUGACACGCCCCAGGAGUUUUACCACAGAACCAUCAGUUUCCUCGAGUCAAACUCCGAGAUCUGUUACUCUGAACUGUCCACUGUUCCUGGGCUGACCCCCGUGAUGCCAUCAGGAGCCAUGUACCUCAUGGUGGGAAUUGCGAUGGAACACUUCCCAGAGUUCCAGAACGAUGUGCAGUUCACUGAGCGUCUGGUAACUGAGCAGUCCGUCUUCUGCCUGCCCGCUACGGCAUUUGAGUACCCAAAUUACUUCCGGAUCGUGGUGACCGUACCAGAGGAGAUGAUGGUGGAGGCGUGUACACGGAUUCGGGAGUUCUGCCAGCGCCACUACAGAACCUGCAGCCAAGACAGCAACGAGCUAGACCAAUAAUGAGAGACACAGCCUGAGAGAGGGGGAGACCAAAGAGUAUGGGCACAGAAUGUGACAAAAGUAAAUGUGAAAAAAAGAGAAUGGGAAAAGGGUGAGAGGAAAAUAAAAUAAAUUAGGGAAGAGGAGGAGAGAGAAGAUGGGUUAAAAUAUCGUGUUGCACCGCGGGAACAAAGGUUUUUGCAAUGUCAUUGGUAGUGGUCCAUCUUUGGUACCCCAACUUAUGAGCAGACCUGAUAUUUAUAUUUUGUAUGGCCAUCUUAUGUUAACCUUACUUUGUCUAACUAUUUGAAUUCUUAAUGUUAUUCUAUAUGUUGGGUUGACCAGAACACCAUUGGGCGUAUAGAACCAGGGACCGGGGGUCCUCCCCAUUCCUCAAACCAUGAUGGGGUUCAUGGUUGGGUUGAUCCCACCAUUGAAACAGAUGGAACUGAAGCACCAGCAUGGAUAAGAUGAUCUACAUUGCUUUCCAUAGUCAGCGUUACAUACUCUUUCUUGCAUGUGUUAGAAUUAUGAUGACACUCAGUAUACAUUCUGAUAUAUUGCAUGCUUAACCAACACUUUUCCUAUGUAUAUAAUCUAUUUGUUAUGUUGAUGUAAUAUUGAAUGUUUUUUUGUUUUUUUCACGUUCAUAUAAAAAGUUAUUUAAACCAAAUGAAAGCUAUGAAAUACU